AUGGCUGGCACAGGUUGCAUUGUUCAAAUUAAUGAAGAUGUCAAGAACAUGGAAGGUCUUUCAACAGAAAAGGAUCAUUGGAUUGUUCAAAUUAAUGAAGAUCUCAAGAACAUGGAAGGUCUUUCAACAGAAAAGGAUCAUUGGAAUAAGGGGUCGAUCUACAAACUACCAGCCAGCCUCACAGACACAAAUAAGAAGGCCUACAAGCCUCAAACAGUCUCCUUCGGGCCUUACCAUUACGAUCCUUCACAUCCAAUGGAGGCGCACAAGCACCGAGCGCUGCUUCAUUUCCUCAAAAGAUGUGGAAAGUCUGUUGAGUUGUUUGUAGAUGCAUUGGCGGAAGUGGAGAAUGAUUUGAAGGAUUCAUAUACUCUUCUUCAUUCUGUGCCAAAAGAAGUUACAGACAUAUUCCUACAAAUGAUGAUUUUAGAUGGCUGUUUCAUGCUGGAAAUCAUGAGGACCGCUGCUCAUGUACUGGAUGAUUAUGCUCCUAAUGAUCCCAUCUUCAGCGAUCACGGUAGGGUGCAUGUCGUGCCAUUUAUCAAGCGCGACAUGUUAAUGCUUGAGAAUCAGUUGCCAAUGCUUGUUCUUGAAAAGCUGGUCGCAGUUGAACAUGAUAAAGCUAAGGAUGCAGGGUUUGUGACCAAGCUCAUAGUCAAGUUCCUUUUCUCCCGCAAUGUUUCUGUAAACAUGGGCAAAUGUGUGCAUGUGUUGGACUUGUACAGGAAGAGUCUGCUUCAGCAUGAGCCUGAUCCCAAAUAUAUUCGACACAAAAUACGGUCCAUGGAACAAGAAGAAGAGAUCAUAUGGUCCGCAACAGAGCUCAACGAAGCAGGAAUCAGGUUCAAGAAAAGUGCAACUACAAGCCUCAAAGACAUCACAUUUGCCCGGGGAUUGUUGAGGCUCCCUGUCGUUGUUGUGGAUGACACCACCGAGUCAUUGUUCUUGAAUCUGAUGGCAUUUGAGAGAUUCCAUGUAGGAGCAGGAAAUGAGGUGACAUCUUAUUUACUCUUCAUGGACAACAUCAUAGACAAUGCUAGGGAUGUCGCCCUCUUACACUCGAAAGGGAUCAUCCUUAAUGGUCUAGGGAGUGACAAAGCAGUGGCUAACCUGUUCAAUUCACUCUCUAAGGAUGUGAUACAGGACCCGGAUAGCAGCCUCCAAAUUGUGCAUAAAAGGGUGUAUCACUACUGCAAAAAGCCAUGGAAUGAGUGGCGCGCCAAUCUUAUUCACACUUACUUCAGAAAUCCAUGGGCUAUUAUUUCUUUCAUUGCGGCUGUCUUCCUCUUUGUGUUCACUAUAGGUCAGACGGGGUACUCCAUAUAUCCCUAUUACUAUCCACGAGGUGAUUCUUCUCCUUCCGAAGUCAUUGUGGUUCCGGUGCCUCCUCCUCCACACCAUUCAUCCUCCGACUCCACCUCCCCAUCAGCACUUGUCAUUUCUUUCGUUCUUGCUUCCAUUGUAUGCAUGUUUACCAAUUGA